AUGGGAGUAGCCUUCCGCACCCUCCAUGCUCCAGUCCUCCUUGUCGCUACCUGUCUCACCUUCGGCGGCAUGAUACCCUUUUGGAAUCCCCAUGGCGCCAUUCUUGAAUUCGGGCUUCCUGAGCGCAUUGCCAUCUCAGAGCCUGCUCACACCAGCUUCAUAAUCAGCGGGGCUCGAGUUUCGGCCCUUGGAAUGGCAAUCUGGGUCUUUUAUCUUCAAGGCAAGCUGGCGGCGGUGGACACGAUCCUGGCGCUGCUCCUCUAUGUCGGCGGCGCUGAUGCCUACGUUUGCUGGCAAGAAGGUGUGCCUAUGAGCGCAAUCUUCAGAGCGGUUUCGGGCAUUGUUAUUGGAGGCUGGGGAAUGCUGGGCUUGACUGCACGACAGACUUGA